CGUGGUUUGGGACAAUAAAACUACGUAUUGGUAUCUUUAUCGCAAAGUAUGAGUAUGAAUCACAGUAUGAACACUAACAAUGACAUUUGGCAAUUUAUAUAUUGGUUUCUUUUGAAAAGCCGCACCUGUUGUUUCCAGAGGCGAAAGCCAUGAUGUGAACUAUUCAUCAAAAAGUGAAAUAUUUCGCUUGCGAUCUUUUACAUUCACACCCCACUUACAUUCACACCCCACACCCCACGCCUGAAGGUAUGUCAAACCGUUGCAACCAAUUGUUAAGAGAGUUGAAAACCUGUCCUGUGACUCUUUGCUGUGCGCGUCUGGCAUAUGCCAAGUGAUCAGGAGGACAGGAAGCUGACUGGCGUGAUAGUUGUCUCCUUUCCUCUUUCGCUUUAUUUUUAUUUUUAUUUAGAUGUCUCAUUUAUUUUCGCGCAAAGAUGAACAGACUUUUAAGGAUCUUCCUCAUCGUCGUGUUGUUGGCUGUGUCGUUUAUGCUUGCAGUUUGGCUAAAUAACGAUCACUCCUAUACACAUGACCACCGAUAUGGUGAACUAAGCCUUACGGCAGGUAUGAUACCUGAAGAACAGAAAGAGUCAAUUGUCUCGAGGUUCAACGGCAGCUCUCCAUUGCCUCCUUGUCCCCCUACACCUCCCCGGCUGGAGGGUCCACUCAGGAUAGAGUUCGAGUGGAGCCGGUCAAUGAGCGAUGUACGGAAAGCGAGUCGUGAAAAUCUUCAGGAGGGAGGUCGAUUCAAGCCACUGGAUUGCAUCUCUCAGCAUAAGGUGGCCGUCAUCAUCCCCUACCGCAACCGCAAGGACCACCUGAAGCACUGGCUCUACUACCUGCACCCCAUCCUCAAGCGGCAGCAGGUGGACUACGGCGUGUACGUCAUCAACCAGCACGGCGAGGGCACCUUCAACCGCGCCAAGCUGCUCAACGUGGGCUACGUGGAGUCCCUCAAGGAGUACGCCUACGACUGCUUCGUCUUCUCCGACGUGGACCUGGUGCCCAUGGACGACCGCAACCUGUACCGUUGCCACGGCGAGCCCCGGCACAUGGCGGCGGCCAUGGACAAGUUCGGCUUCAAGAUGCCUUACAAAAACUACUUUGGCGGCGUGGUGGCCCUCAGCAGGGAGCAGUACAUGCGCAUCAACGGCUUCCCCAAUAACUACUGGGGCUGGGGCGCCGAGGAUGACGACAUGCACAACCGCAUCACCCUCAAGGGCAUGGCGGUGUCCCGGCCCGACUCCAGGGUGGGCAUGUACAAGAUGGUGAGGCACCUAAGGGACACCCACAACGAGGUGAACCCGCAAAACCCGGGCCAGCUGACUAACACGGCGAGGACCAUGGACACUGACGGGAUCAACUCCCUGAUUUACUCCCUUAUCAAGAUCGAGAAGGAUGAGUUGUACACGAUGAUCGACGUGGACAUCCAUGCGCCGAAUUGAGGGUGGGUGGGUGUAGGGUGUGUGUGUGAGUGUGUGUGUGUGCACGUGCAUGCGUGUGUAUGUGUGUGCGCACUAUGGACACUGAGCUGCUGUAGUUUGGAUGAGACGAAGCCAUUGCAAGCCGGAACUUUAUUUAUUUUUGGGAUCUCUGGGUCUUCCUCGUUGGCCGGCAUUUUGUGUCGUCGUGUUUUUUUACAGAUCGGCGUAACAGCUCAAGAGAGAAAAAAAAGUCAAUUGUCAAAUUGUUGCGGAGAAAUUUUCCCUUUUUCACUAAGGUUUUUGCAUGAAGGGAUAUGUCAACUGGCACAUACGCCAUAAGCCAACUUAUGGCAAGCAGGUCAAGAUAACCCUCAGCCCCUCACAACAACAUUCCAUGAAAGGCCUUCUUCAUCGCUGACUUCUAGGUCAUGAAAGUCAACAUUUGAAUCCAUCUUGAAAUGGUUGGUGGUUUGCUCAUUGCACAGGGCAUGGAUGCGUGCUUAAAAGAAUAAAUAUAUAUAUUCAUAUAUUUCUAUACACGUAUAAAGCCAAUUUGUAU